UUCACUCUCCUCACUGUCUCUCUGUUUUUGCAAUGAAGGGCGGCCUUCAUCUUCUGCACCGUGCAAGAUAUGAGGUUGUUGACGGUCUCAACCGACUCCACGUGUAAAUCAGAAAUCUGCGUUGCAUUGGGCAAAUCCGUAUUUCGGUCCCAUCCUAAUGACCUAAAAUGUUGAACACGCCAGUAUUCCUAUUCCGUACACAUGGAGCUCAGAUGUGAAUCAUGGGAUCCACCCAUCCACUGGCUUCUUCGCUCGUAAUAGGUAACCCGGUCGGUGUCUAAUGAUUCUGUCUCCGGCCAAUCCGGAGUCACUAUAGUCUAUAGUCAGUGCAGUAAUCUCUGGUUUUCUGCAAUAUCCAAGCUUCCUUGGAUGUGUUCUUGAAGUUACCCGAUCAAGAGCUCAUUCAGCAGCACUGCAGUAUCGGUUUUCUUUCUUUUCGUGAUUGUUGCAGUGGAAAUGAUUGGGUCUCGAUUCUCCUAUAUUGGUAGAAUACUUGCUCUUCUGCAAGUGCUUCCUGGAAUUCUAGCUUGGGGGAAGGAAGGGCACUAUGCUAUUUGUAAGAUAGCAGAGGGAUUUCUUAAUGAAGAUGCUGCUACCACAGUUAAAGCCUUGCUUCCAGAUUAUGCAAAAGGCGAUCUUGCUGCUGUUUGUUCCUGGGCCGAUGAAAUUCGUCAUAACUUCCACUGGCGCUGGAGUGGGCCUUUACACUAUGUAGACACACCGGAUUUCAGGUGUAACUAUGAAUAUUGCAGGGACUGCCAUGAUUUGAGUGGUAAUAAAGACAGGUGUGUCACUGGAGCAAUUUUCAACUAUUCCAUGCAGCUAAUGACUUACCAUGAGUCUAAAUCUACUUCAGAGUGGAAAUACAAUUUGACUGAAGCACUUAUGUUCUUAUCACAUUUUAUUGGGGAUGUCCAUCAGCCUCUACAUGUUGGUUUUACUGGGGAUGCUGGUGGGAACACAAUAAUAGUACGUUGGUACCGGAGAAAGACCAAUUUACAUCAUGUAUGGGAUGAUAUGAUCAUUGACUCUGCCUUGAAGACAUUUUAUAAUUCAGAUCGUGCAAUCAUGAUACAAGCUCUUCAGAGGAAUAUUACGGAUGGUUGGUCAUCAGACAUCGCAUCCUGGGGAAAUUGCUCAUCAGAGUAUUUAGUCUGUCCAGACCUAUAUGCUUCUGAAAGCAUUAACUUGGCAUGCAAAUUUGCAUACAGGAAUGCAACACCAGGAAGCACUCUUUCAGACGAUUACUUCCUCUCAAGGUUGCCUGUCGUGGAGAAGAGGUUAGCUCAAAGUGGGGUCCGCCUAGCUGCCACCCUCAACCGUCUCUUUGCUUCCAAACCUCUACCCUCACAUUUCACAACAGGGGAUGGGAGUAACGCCAGUAGAGGAUGGCUUCGGAUCAAGGGGUCGGUCCAAGGACCUACGUUGAUUUGACGUCUCUACACGCCAACCUUGUCAUUUGUGAGCUAAUGACGCUCUUUCAUUAGUCAUUACUUGUCCAUUUCGAGACACUAUGUAUAUUAUAGUUGAUUUCGUUUUUUUUUUUUUUUAUUGCUUUGCAAGUAUUGAGGCUGUUUUCUUUAUUUUGAGCAUGUAUAAUAUUCUCUCUGUACAUUAAGUUUUUUUAACUGUGUUGAAGUGAAGGUGCGUCUUAUGUUCGUUAUUCUAAGUAUA